AUGCCUGGACAAUGGGUUCUAGAUGACUCUCAGAGUCUGUACUAUCUCGAGCACGACGAUGUACCGGAGAAGGUCCCUACCGACCAACUCCCGCGGCGCGUUUCGCGACCGGGAAAUACGCCCUUUCGUCGUCCGAGUCAACAACACCACAUACCUAUGCGACACCAACAUGUAGCACCUGGAUGGGAUUCAACUAUAACGGACGCGGCCAAGACACACUCUUCGUUCAAGCGUCCGCGAUUGUCUUCCGAGAGCGACGUCCUACAACAUCCCUUUGCCUUUAGGGCAGGCCAGGAUUCUUCGUUGGCGGAUUGGGAUCUGGAUAACCUGACAACAAGCAACGAUGUCUUCUCGACGCCAGCGUCUACAACGACAGUCACUACGACUAGUGCAACUCUACCUGGUGUUUUCGGGCCCACACCGCCGCCUGCCCUGGAAAUAUCAAGACGUGACCGCUCCCGCCAUCGCCAGAGGAGAAGCACCGCUAACAGACUUGAACGUCGGCACCGCACCGAACGCACCCCCACCGCGAAUCAUCGAGACGAGUGCGAUAGAUCCCAGAAGGAAGCGCAACAGGCCAUCAUGCGGGCCCUUGCGCGCCUGGAUCGAGCCACGCUGUUCGACCACACUUUCACGCAUCCACUGUCCAGCCUGAGCCUGGCCAUGGGCUUCAACACCAGCCUGCCCAAGUCGCAGUUCGACACGUACAUUAUGGCGCUAAGACAGUUGCUUCGUGGUUCCUCCGACCGGUGUUUCCUCAGCAACGAACUGCAGCGCGCAAUCACUGCUGAAGGCGUGCUGUGGGUGGUUCGCGAGGCGUGGCCCGCAGCAGAGGGGUACUGGAAUUUGACGGCCACCUUCCGAGGCUUCCUCCACGCCGAGCUCUGGCGCAAUUUCCCCUGCCAGCGUUCAUACAAUCAACUCCCCCCCGCAUACCGUCCGACACGGGCUCAGCUGUCGGUCCCUCACUCGCCCAUGAUCGACUGGAUGCCGUGGCCCGAUGUGCGGGACAUGGCGAUCAUGUACCAGGACCAGAUCGACGUGGACGCGCUGUUCCGGAUGGCCAUCCACAAUGUGGUCGCGCACCGGAAACGGCGUGGUCGGCGGAAGAAGCCGUCCUUGCGCAUCACUCCUUAUCCUUCGUCGCUCUCUCGAAAAAUCGACGACCGCGAUGACGACUCCUCCAAAACCCCUCUCCUUCAUACUCCGUCUUCUCCUCUUGAUCCACCUCCUCCACAUCUUUCUCCUCCUUCCAACCAACCCCAUCCCGAACACAAAACACCGGAGACCACAACCACCAACGACGACGAUCAGGACGACGACGUGCACGACAAAACCUCGUUCCGAGUAUGGGACCUGGUAUGUCUGGAAAAAGCGCACGGGACGAACCCCCUUGCCGAGCCAGGCCUGGAGAAGAAACCGGUGCCGCGGUCACCGGGCUUGCGCGCCCUCCUGCGCGCCUACGACCUCGAGUACGACGAGUUCGACACGCAGAAGCUCGACGACGGCUUCUUCGAGGCGUACCCGUGCCUGUACGCCGACACGGCCGCCUCGGCCUGGAAGGUCCAGCGGUUCCCCAACAUGCCCGUCGAGGACGUUGGGGGUCCUAUCCCGCUCAGUCGGGACGCGGUAUUUCGCCUCAAAGCGCGCAUUGAGUCUAUGAUUGGCGCGGAGAUUCUUAUAUGA